UCCUUCUGUCGAGCCGGGAAGGAGGAGGCGAGGGCGGCUCUCCGACCCACCCGCCGAGCCGAGCCGAGGGAGCAUGACGUCUGCAACUUCACCGAUCAUUUUAAAAUGGGACCCCAAAAGUUUGGAAAUCAGGACUCUUACUGUGGAGAGGCUAUUGGAGCCACUAGUUACACAGGUGACGACCCUGGUCAAUACGAGUAAUAAAGGGCCGUCUGGUAAAAAGAAAGGGCGAUCUAAGAAGGCUCAUGUGCUAGCUGCGUCGGUGGAACAAGCGACUCAGAACUUCUUGGAAAAAGGAGAACAGAUUGCAAAAGAGAGCCAAGAUCUCAAAGAUGAACUGGUAGCUGCUGUGGAGGAUGUGCGUAAGCAAGGUGAAACGAUGAGAAUUGCUUCGUCAGAGUUUGCCGAUGAUCCGUGUUCCUCCGUCAAGCGAGGCACCAUGGUACGAGCAGCCCGCGCUCUGCUUUCAGCUGUCACUCGUUUGCUCAUCCUGGCUGACAUGGCGGAUGUCAUGAGACUUUUGUCGCACCUGAAAAUUGUAGAAGAAGCACUAGAAGCUGUGAAGAAUGCCACAAAUGAGCAAGAUCUUGCAAAUCGAUUCAAGGAAUUUGGAAAAGAGAUGGUGAAACUGAACUAUGUUGCUGCAAGAAGGCAACAGGAACUGAAAGAUCCCCACUGUAGAGAUGAAAUGGCUGCUGCACGUGGUGCCCUGAAGAAGAACGCCACCAUGCUGUACACGGCCUCUCAAGCUUUCCUCCGCCACCCUGACGUGGCAGCAACCAGAGCCAACAGGGAUUAUGUUUUCAAGCAAGUUCAGGAAGCGAUCGCGGGCAUCUCCAAUGCUGCCCAAGCCACCUCACCCACUGAUGAAAAUAAGGGGCACACUGGCAUUGGGGAGCUUGCUGCAGCACUGAAUGAAUUCGAUAACAAGAUCAUUUUAGACCCCAUGACGUUCAGCGAAGCCCGAUUCCGACCAUCUCUUGAAGAGAGGUUGGAGAGUAUUAUCAGCGGGGCAGCACUCAUGGCAGACUCCUCCUGCACCAGAGACGACCGGCGCGAGAGAAUCGUGGCGGAGUGCAAUGCGGUCCGGCAGGCCCUUCAGGAUCUGCUGAGUGAAUACAUGAACAAUUGCAGGAUGGGAAGGUGGCAAUCGGAGGCAUGCCUCACUGGAAGGAAGGAGAAAGGAGACCCGCUGAACAUCGCAAUUGACAAGAUGACCAAGAAAACGAGAGAUCUACGAAGACAGCUCCGAAAAGCAGUGAUGGAUCACAUAUCAGAUUCCUUCCUCGAGACCAACGUUCCAUUACUGGUUCUCAUCGAAGCAGCCAAGAGUGGUAAUGAGAAAGAAGUGAAGGAAUACGCACAAGUAUUCCGUGAGCACGCCAACAAGUUAGUGGAGGUUGCCAAUUUGGCAUGCUCAAUUUCCAAUAACGAAGAAGGAGUCAAGUUAGUCCGUAUGGCAGCAACCCAGAUUGACAGUCUGUGCCCACAGGUAAUCAACGCGGCACUCACGUUGGCUGCCAGGCCCCAGAGCAAAGUGGCUCAAGACAACAUGGACGUCUUCAAAGACCAGUGGGAGAAGCAAGUCCGGGUGCUCACGGAGGCGGUUGAUGACAUCACUUCCGUCGAUGACUUCCUCUCUGUCUCAGAAAACCAUAUUCUGGAAGAUGUCAAUAAAUGUGUGAUUGCGCUGCAAGAGGGAGACGUUGACACGCUGGACAGGACCGCCGGCGCAAUUCGGGGACGAGCAGCCAGAGUCAUCCAUAUCAUUAAUGCCGAGAUGGAAAACUAUGAAGCUGGGGUUUACACAGAGAAGGUGCUGGAAGCAACAAAGUUGCUGUCUGAAACAGUGAUGCCACGUUUUGCCGAACAAGUUGAAGUUGCCAUUGAAGCAUUGAGUGCGAACAUCCCUCAGCCAUUUGAAGAGAAUGAGUUCAUAGAUGCCUCCCGCUUGGUUUAUGAUGGAGUUCGUGACAUCAGGAAAGCUGUUCUGAUGAUAAGGACUCCUGAGGAGCUUGAAGAUGAUUCUGACUUUGAACAAGAAGAUUAUGAUGUUCGCAGCCGAACGAGUGUUCAGACUGAAGAUGAUCAGCUUAUUGCGGGACAGAGCGCAAGGGCAAUCAUGGCUCAGCUUCCCCAGGAGGAAAAGGCUAAAAUUGCAGAACAAGUAGAGAUCUUCCACCAAGAGAAGAGCAAACUGGAUGCCGAAGUGGCCAAGUGGGACGAUAGCGGAAAUGACAUCAUAGUGCUGGCCAAGCAAAUGUGCAUGAUAAUGAUGGAGAUGACAGACUUCACGAGGGGUAAGGGACCAUUGAAGAAUACGUCUGAUGUUAUUAAUGCUGCCAAAAAGAUUGCGGAAGCUGGCUCGAGAAUGGACAAAUUGGCUCGUGCGGUGGCUGAUCAGUGUCCCGAUUCAGCCUGUAAGCAAGAUCUGUUAGCGUACCUCCAGCGUAUUGCUCUUUACUGCCACCAGCUUAAUAUCUGUAGCAAGGUGAAGGCCGAAGUCCAGAACUUGGGAGGAGAACUUAUCGUAUCUGGGACUGGAGUUCAGAGCACUUUCACUACCUUUUAUGAGGUAGAGUGUGAUGUCAUAGAUGGGGGCAGGGCUAGUCAACUUUCUACCCACCUACCUACCUGUGCUGAGGGAGCUACGCUUACAAACGGAGGCGGUGACUCUUCCAUGCUGGACAGUGCCACAUCUCUCAUCCAAGCAGCUAAAAACCUGAUGAACGCUGUGGUCCUUACUGUAAAAGCUUCAUACGUGGCUUCGACCAAAUACCAAAAGGUCUAUGGCACAGCGGCAGUCAACUCACCAGUUGUGUCUUGGAAGAUGAAGGCACCUGAAAAGAAACCCCUAGUCAAGAGAGAAAAGCCGGAGGAAUACCAGACAAGAGUGAGAAGAGGUUCUCAGAAGAAACACAUUUCUCCCGUACAGGCUCUAAGUGAAUUUAAAGCGAUGGAUUCCUUCUAAUUCACUAGGCUUUGCC